CUGACGUUUCGGGCCUAGACCCUUCUUUCUGAAGAAAUCUCAAAUGUUUGUGGAUGUUUGGGUUAGGAGGAGGGCAUGGUACAGUAGUUUGCUGUUGUGAUUUGAAUGAGUUAUGACCUUCUUCAGUAGUCAUCUUGUGAGGAGUAAAUUGGUGUCAGAGGACUGUGUGGUACACAUGGGCCUGUAUAGCUGGGGGAUAUCUCUGUGAUGCUGCCUUAGCUCUGGUGGUUAAAGUUUGAGGAAUUAGAGGUGGAAAUGGAACUCCCAAAUCAUGCCAAACAAUUGUUGCUGCAGUUGAACCAACAGAGGAGCAAGGGGUUCUUCUGUGAUGUUAUCAUUGUGGUCGAGAAUGCCCUGUUCCGUGCCCACAAGAACAUCCUGGCAGCGAGCAGCAUGUACUUCAAGUCCCUCGUGCUUCAUGACAACUUGAUCAACUUGGACACCGAUAUGGUCAACGCCACCAUCUUCCGACAGAUCCUGGAUUUUAUCUACACCGGGAAGCUCCUGGGCACGGACCAGGCCAGCGAGCAGAACGUUAACGCUCUUCUGACAGCAGCUAGCUACCUCCAGCUCCACGACCUGGCUGCCGUGUGUCGGAAGAAGAUGAAACGCAUCGGUAAGACUUUGCACGGCAAGCUGAUGGGCCCCGGCCCCGGGAAACCAGGGAGAGGGCACAGGUUGCCUUCCGCCCCGGUCGUCCAGCCGCGCUACUCUGGUUCACCCGAGGCGCUUCAGAGGCUUCAGGCUGGGGAGCUGCACCGGGUGGAGGUAGCUGGGGAUGAAUUGUACCUCGCUAGCUCGAACAAAGGAAACCCCCACUCUCACGGCCAGAAUGGCGGCACCAGCAAAAGUAGCAAUACUAACAAUGGCACCAACAGCAACAAAGGGGAGCAGGAGCAGAUGCUCGGCCUGGACCUGUCCAAGAAAAGCCCUUCAGUCCCUCCCCACAUGUCUCAGGAGGACAUGCAGCUCGGAGAGUGCAGCCAAGGUGGCUCUCCCCGCUCUGCCUCUGUUUCUACCACCAACAGUGCCCCCUUCGAAGACAGCGCCACGAACCCUCACAAAGUGGAGAACAGCGAGUGCUCGGAGAGGAAUGACCUCGGGUCUGAUGCCCAGAGCCUAGCGGACACUGGGCAGCCCAAGAGCUUCCGGCUGGCGGUUCGUGGCAGCAGCUGGCUGAAGCAGGAGAAGAUGUAUGGCAGGCCCGAGGGCACCAACUGCCGGGACGAGGGCGGCUCGCUCCUGAACGGGGUCAUCAUGGGGCCCCUGGUGAAGUCGCUGGAGCGGGAUUCUGGUCGCCACUUUGAGCACGCCGUGCGCUGCAAAGAGGAGGAGGACGACGAAGAGGAGGAGGAAGGGGAGGAGGAGAAUGGCAAAGAGUGCAGCGAGGACAGCGCCCAGAGCGGUGAGGAGGAGGCGGCGGUGGCAGUGUCUGGUGGAGGAGGAGGAGGAGGGGGUCACGGUUACAGGCCGGGCCAGGACGGCUUCGAGCCAGCAGGGUACGGAGACAACCUGUACGUGUGCAUCCCCUGCGGCAAGGGCUUCCCCAGUUCGGAACAGCUCAACGCCCACGUCGAGAGCCACACCGAGGAGGAACUGUACCUGAAGGAGGAGGCAGACAGCGGCCUGACUGCCCCGAACCCGCCGUACCCCAGCGACUCGCGGCCCUACAAGUGCUCCGUCUGUGAGAAGAGCUACAGGGACCCAUCCACGCUGCGGCAACACGAGAAGACCCAUUGGCUGUCCCGGCCCUUCCCGUGCAACAUCUGUGGGAAGAUGUUCACCCAGCGGGGCACCAUGACCCGCCACAUGCGCAGCCACUUGGGCCUGAAGCCUUUUGCGUGUGAGGAAUGUGGCAUGCGGUUCACGCGGCAGUAUCGACUGACCGAGCACAUGCGGGUCCACUCGGGCGAGAAGCCCUACGAAUGUCAAAUCUGUGGUGGCAAGUUCACGCAGCAACGCAAUCUGAUAAGCCACAUGAGAAUGCAUACCUCACCAACAUAAGCCAAAGACUCCAACCUCAAUUUAUAUAUUUUUGUGUGCGUGUGCGCGUGUGUAUGUUUCUUUUUCUCUCCCACUUCUCCAGCCUCCUUUACAACAUGUUUUCGAUGGGAGAACGAGCAAUGGGGUUGGGUGGGUGAUUGAUCGGGAACGGGGUCUUUAGUUUCCAAUAGAUGUUUAGGGAAAGAAAAAGAAUCCUCGAAGCUUCGAGGCGCUUGUUUUAUUAAGAAGUAAGGACCUUUUUGUAAUUUUUAUGUGAAUGUUUAAACUGGAAAGUUGAGGAUCUAGCUGGGGUAGCUUGGUGUAGGCUGGACUUGCUGUUAUUUCCUUAGGUACAUUUUCCUUUUUGUAUUUUCUCCCGUGUUUAGCUCCUCUCCCCAUGCUGAAUAAGUCUGACUGAAGGGACUUAUCAGCUUGCUACCUCUUCGCGAUAAUAAUUUAUAAGGAAAGAAAACUAAACAAAAGAAUUAGUCAAAGAAUAUUGCAAGGGAAAGGGGGGGGUAGAUAUCUCUUUAAAAAACAUAAUAACAAUGAAUUUAAGAUUUAGUAUUUCCAUUUUGACAUUGUCCAUCCCAGCUCUUUUUGAUUCUAUUCAAAUAUUGGCUGAUUUCUAUUUUCCCCAAGCCAGACCAGAUAAAACUUGUACGUUUUAUCUGCCUCGACCAAAUUAUCUGACAGUGUACAGUGUUUUGAAUUUUGAGCCAUAUACAUGUGAAGUCACGACUGCUUCAAAGUCGCUGCAGUCAUUCUGGUUAAUGGUCAGUUCCAUGGUGAGGGUAGGGAAGGGUGUGGGUUGGGGGAAAACAGGCUUGUAUUUUCAAUAGCUUUUUAUUGGUGAGCUGCUGAAGCCAAGAGAAGAUGAACAGCAUGAUGUGGAAAAAGUUAAACUGGUGUUUACAUAGGUCUGCUAGCCAGUAAAGGCCUACCCAUUAUUGUUAGCAUGGUACGGAAGUUAUAGUGAGGACAGCAAGGUGUGAGGAUAAUGAGCUUUUUUGUCUCUUAGCUGUACAUUCCUGAUGAAACCAAAUUCACAAUUGCUGCAUAGAAACAAAGAUUAUAGUGAAUCAGGGCACACAGAGGCAGAUUUUGAUGGCUUUGAUUGGAACAGAUUUCCAAAGUAACUUCUUCGGAAUAAGUUUACAAAGUAUCUGUCAGAACAGCGCCUAAAACGCCCUAAUACAAAGAUACAGAAAGCUUUUUUAAACAAAUAUAUAUAUAUAUAAUAUAUAUAUAGGGCUGGUUAGGGGUUUUUGUGUUUCUUUUUUUAAGUGAUAAUUUCACAUUUUGACAAUUGAUUCAGUUCUAACAUUGUAUGAGUCCUGAUGGAAAAAUAUCUUCUUUUUUGUUAAACCUCUCAAACCAAGUGUAGGUACGGAGGAAGGAGGGGAUUCACAGGAAAGGGACCCCCUUCUUAAAUGAACCAAGUUGAGUCUUUUUCUUGGCAUUUGGGGUGAUGGAAAGACUUGGACAGCACAUGAUCAUAUUCCAGUUUGUUUUACUGAAGGGGCACUGGGGCAAGUCUAAGUAUGGUCUUUCCUUAUUUCCCAAGAUAAUUUUUUUGUUUUUUUUUUGUUUUUAAAUAUAUAUAUUUAAUAUAUAUAUAUGUUGGGAUAAAACGAAGAUCUAAACUAAACUAGUGAUUACAGCUUAAACAAUUGAAAAGAGUGCAGUAUCGUUCUCAGCACUUAAAACAAGUACGACAUUAUGUCUGUGUACAGCGAAGGUAUUGUACAGGAGCUUUCCUUUCAAGUAGUUAUGUAGAAUUGCAGUUGAUAGAUUUUUAUUCAAAGGAAAAUUUAAAAAAAAGUUUAAAAAAAAAAUAAACUUUCCAAACUGUGACAAUAAAAGGUUCAUAAUUCAGGGAUUGUUCAGCACCUGCACAGUGCAGUAAUCUCAACUACAUUUAUAUGAUGUCGUAAUGUAUCGAGACAUUUUCUGUAUUUUAAUGAGAAGCAGAACACUAGUUUCAUAUUUAAGAUUUUGAUGGGGUGGGGCGGGAGGGGGUACUUUUUUUCAGAUACACACAAAGGGCCUCGGAUGAGGUUUAGGCAGCUCAUGCAAAAAAAGUAAAAUAUAGGCUGUAGUCAUUCGUUCCUGUUGAUGUUUUUUUUGGGUUUUUUUUGUGUUCCUUUUUUAUUUUGAAAGUUAUCAGAGUUGUAUAAAAAAUAAAGCUCAUACCCAAAUUCACAAAAAAGAAACUAUUUUUAAACCAAAGCACAUUUUAAUGAGUAUAAAAAAGAACCUCAUGUGACUCAAAUUAUGUAUUUAUCUCAUUGUUUACAUGUAAACUUUCGACAGUCUCAGACCUCAGCAAAAUGCUUCUUUCUGACAAAAAAAUGGUGCAAACUUAACACUUUUUUGACAGUGUUCUUUUUAUCAAUAUAUGUAUGUAUUUGCAGUAAUGAAUGUAUUUAUUUCUUUUUUUGAAUCCUGUACACACUGUUUGCAUUUAAGUUUCAGUCCAUAUGCAAAAAGCUGUAUAAGUUGGACCUUUUACAGGAAAAAAAAAAUCUCAGAGACUUACCACAUAGCCAUAAACCGCAUAACCUGUGAAGACGUUAUUUGCAAAAGACUGGACAUUUUUUUUUCUCUCUAUUGGCUUUGCAUUGAAGAUGUAAUAUGUUUGUUGUAUUUAAUACAAUGUGUUUUUCUCGUCACAAUGCACAUUCAUCCUCGGUUACUGCACGGCAAGCAUUCCACAUUCUGCCACUGCGUAGCUUGGGGUAACAGUAUUUAUCUUUUUUUUUGUGUUCUGAAAUCGUCACUUUCUCGCGCAAAAAAAAAAGCUUGAAUUCAGGUCAGGGCUGCAUUAUUUGCAGCUCAAAAUAGUCAUGUGUCAUUAAAAAAAAAAGACAAAUGUAUGCUGAUCUCAGCAUUCAGAAAAUUUACAGUCUUAAUGUACAGCAAUCAAACUCUUAUUUUACAAUCUUUUCAUUAAAAGCUUGACUGAAAACCAUCUAUGUCUGUUGUUCUU